AUGUCUUCUUCCUCUUCUGCACCGUUUGUACCACCACCACCACCAAUGCCUUCUUCCUCAGGUGAUAGAGGUGCAUUAUUAAGUCAAAUUAAACAAGGAAAACGGUUAAAACCAGCAGAAACAAAUGAUCGUUCUGCUCCUAGUAUAGCUGGUGAAAGUGGAAGUAGAUCAUUAGGUCUUGGGGGUAUAUUUGCUGGUGGUAUUCCAAAACUUAAAAACCGUGGCGGAGGAAUUACAACAGGUCGCUCAAUGACUGAAAGUAGUAUUGAUUCAACAACAUCAUCAGCAAGUUUGGGAAAAUCAGAGCGUAGAAUUUCUGGUGAAUGGUUUGGUAGUUUAUCUUCUGAUCAACUUGCAGUUGAAACAACCUCUUCACCAAUAUCACCAAUAUCACCAUCAUUUACUACCAUUAAUUCGGCAGCACAACAACCUACCAUUCAAACAUAUAAUACAGGAGAUGAAAAUGUUAUAUCAGGCGAUGAAGUUGAUUACAGUAAAGAAUUCAAGGUUAAAACACUUUAUCCAUACUCAGGUGGCGUUGAAGAUCUUAAAUUUGAUGCCGGUUCUGUAUUCAUUGCACAUCCAUCAAAAAAUGAAAAAAAUGCAGAUUGGUGGUAUGGUAUUGUAGAAGAAACUGGCGCUAAAGGAUGGUUUCCUAAAUCUUAUGUUGAAAUUUAUAAAGAAGAAAAGGAAAUUUCUAAAGCAAAAGUUCUUUAUGAUUAUGAAGCUAGAAACUCAGAUGAACUUAACAUAAAAGUGGGAAAUAUUAUUUCCAUACUUGAUAAGUCAUUAAAUGAUUGGUGGAAGGCCGAAUAUGAAGGCGUAAAAGGAAUUAUACCAUCUAAUUAUGUGGAAGAAAUUCUUAAUAGUAGCGGUUAG